AUGUUAAAUGCAAAUGGAGAAAAAAAUACGGGAAAUAUUUUAGACGAUGAUAGUAAAAUAACUGUGAUAACAGACAAAGCGGACUCUAGUGGUGAUACAAAAAAGAAAACGAAGAAAAAUAAACAGAAGAAAAAGAAAAGCGAGAAUAGCAGAAAAUAUUCCGAAGAUAAGUGCAUCUUAAAAGUAACAAAGAAUGUAAAAGAAGAAAUAAUAGGAGAAGCUUCAACUGUAGACAAAUCCAGUAAGGCUACUAAUGAGGAAGUUAUUACAGGGUUCAAUAACGAACACAAGUAUGAAUAUACCUCUGAACAGUAUGAGAAGCAGAAUAACACAACAGAAAUGUUCACAAUACAAAAUAACAAAAGUAAAUUUGUUAGAAUGUUACCUGUAUUUUUCAUUUUUCUUAUUUUAUUUGUAAUUUACCUCAUAUAUAUAAUGUACCACUGUUUACCACUAAUCAUGAAAAGUCACAGGAAGGAGUACGUAAAUUAUGAUAUGAAGAGAGGAAUAGUAGAAGUAGUAAUUUUUCACUUUUUCUUGAUAAUGUACUUGGUGAAUUACAUCCUAUCCAUAGUAGUAGCACCAGGGGCAAUUCCAAACACCGAUGAAUGGGAUAUUAAAGAUCAUCAAGAAAAUUUUGUAGAUCAUAUGGAUAAUUAUUUAUUAGAAAAGAAGAAAACAGGAGAAAGACGAUAUUGUAAGUGGUGUUGUAAAUUUAAACCUGACAGAACUCAUCAUUGUCGUGUUUGUAAAACGUGCAUAUUAAAAAUGGAUCACCAUUGUCCUUGGAUAUAUAAUUGUGUUGGAUAUAAUAAUCACAAAUAUUUUAUGCUUUCCUUAAUAUAUUGUUGUGUAACUACUGUUUUCGUUUCAAUCACCAUGUUCAAUACGGUUCGGGAUGCCAUAAGUCACAGAGAGACACCCUUUAAUGAGUUAUUUUUACUAUUAUUUGGAGAAACAUUAAACUCAUUCCUAGCGAUUAUCAUCACAUGUUUCUUAUUUUUUCACAUAUGGCUUAUGUUUAGGGCAAUGACUACAAUCGAAUUUUGCGAGAAACAGACAAACUACCGAAAUCAGUCAUAUUCAAAAUACUACAAUAAAGGAAUGUACCAAAAUUUUAAGGAAGUCUUCGGUGAAUCUCCCUUCUUGUGGUUUCUUCCCAUAGACAAUAGAAAAGGAGAUGGCAUAAAUUUCAUAAAGCGCCACAGUAAGGAUUAUAUCGAAAAAGCGUCAGAAGAAACGGUACCAAUAAAAUUUAGUUGCUAA